GCAGUGAAUUGUGGGCAUGGACUCCUCCCACGUGUUUAGAGCAGUCAUGACCCACUCCACAGACUCUCAGAUGCUCUGGACCGGACAGUGACCCGUCCAAGAGCCGCUGUGACACGGCCCAAACCCGGAUGAGAGAGCCGGAGGAGUCCCGUGGGGUGACCAGGUUAGGUCUCUGAGAUCUGCUACCAGCCGUGUGUUCUGGUUUCUGAGUCCGCGCUUGUCAUGAUGGCCAGUGGAGACGAUGAUGACCCUAUUAUAGAAGAGAUCGAUGUGUAUCUCGCCAAAAGCCUCGCAGAAAACCUCUAUCUUCUCCAGUAUCCGGUCAGGCCUUCUACCAUGAACUAUGAUGACGUCAAUCACUUAGCUGCUAAAAUCAAGCCUAAACAGCAGCGGUUGGAGCUGGAGAUGGCUAUGGACACGAUGAGCCCAAACUACUGUCGCAGUAAAGGAGAGCAGAUCGCUUUGAACGUGGACGGCACCACGUACGACGAGAGCAACACCUAUUCUGUGAAAAUGAUGGACAAACAGACCUUCUCCUCCAUCCAGGCCACGACAAACACGUCUCGAUACGCCGCCGCUGUGUUUCGCAAAGGUGAACUUCACAUGACUCCUCUGACUGGAAUCCUUCAGAUGAGACCCAGUUUUUCUUACCUGGACAAAGCCGACAGCAAAACCCGAGAGAGGGAGGCGGAGAAGGAGGGUGGGGAUUCUUCUCAAGAUGAAGCUGAAGAAGAGGCCAAGGCCAUAACGGUGAGGUUUGCUCGCCCUGAGUCGGAGCAGGCGCGGCAGAGGAGGAUCCAGUCCUACGAGUUUCUCCAGAAGAAACAGGCCGAGGAGCCGUGGGUCCACCUGCGUUACCACGGCAUAAAGGAUUCUCGUUCGGAGCAUGAAAAACAGUAUCUGUACUGCCAAUCUGUGGACGCCUUUCAGAACUCAGAGCUGGUCAAAACGCCAAAGGAGUAUCUCUCUAUGUUGAUGCCUCCACAAACAGAAGAGAAAGUAGUGCAGCCAACUGGUCCCAGUAAUGUUCUGUCUAUGGCACAGCUCAGGACUCUGCCUCUCGCGGAGCAGGUCAAGACCCUCAUGAAGAACGUGAAGCUGAUGCCUUUUGCAAACCUGAUGGGGCUCCUCGCCUCUGGCACAGACUCCACUGCAGUGCUGCGGUGCAUCCAGCAGGUGGCGCUGUUGGUUCAGGGAAACUGGGUCGUGAAAAGUGAUGUUUUAUAUCCCAAAAACAGCUUCAGCGCUCACAGCGGCGUUCCGGCCGAAGUGCUCUGUCGAGGGAGAGACUUUGUGAUGUGGAGAUUUACGCUGGAGCGCUCCAUCAUGAGGAAGGAAGUCGCCGCCAUUAUAAAACUCCCCCCAGAGGACGUGAAGGAGUUCCUGGAGCACGUGGCCGCUCCUCGGGUGAAUCGCGGAUGGGAAUUUCUUCUUCCGACCGACCGCGAGUUCAUAAAGAAGCAUCCGGACAUCGCUCACAGGCAGAACAUGCUGUGGAUGGGGAUUCAGAGCAAGUUGGAAAAAGUAUUUAAUUUUUCAAAAGACGACUUCAUGCCAAAGAACUCCCCUCAACCCGAACCUGUUCAUAUAUCCGGCGAGCAGCGCUUAAAAAUGGCCCAGGAACGCGCUCACUCUAACCAGGCGACGCUAAAGAAGGAGCUAGCCGCUAAAAAAGCCAUGUGCAAAGAGGAACCUAUGGACACAACCCCUCAUCUCUCAAACGGAUCUAUGAACGGGGACUUGGACCAUGCUAACGCUAAUGGUGCUAGCCAUUCGGACCCCUCCUCCUCCUCCCCCGAGCUGACGGACUUUGUGAAGAAGAUAUUUAGGAAGCAUUUUGUAUUGACUCUUUGUGAGUUUAAGAGACUUCUGGGGCUGCACGUGGCAUCGAUCCCGGCGGGUAAAGUGGUGGUACCGUCUAUGUCGGAUCACAUGCUGCAGGACGCCAUCCUUCAGAAUAACUGCAGACAGAUCCCUGUGCCUUUUCCUGCUCAGACGACACUCGCAGCCGACGAGCAGAAGGUCUUUUGUUUGUGGGAUUCAGGAGAGGACUCAGACAAGCUCCGGCGCGUCAUGUUUGAACUCUUCUCUAAAAACUACAGAAUCAAACGGACCAUGUUGCAAACCAAACUGGCUCAGGAGGUCGGAGACGUGCCCAAAACAGACGUAGAUCGACUGCUUAAGGACUGCUGCAUCAGCGCUUCAGGACAGUGGUAUCUCAGAGGGACGUGUCCAUCGUGACACUGAGCCCCCCCCCCCCUCAGACCCCGCCCCCAAAAUCCACCUCAUCAAAUGCACCCUUAAACUGUCCAAUAGGAUGGCAGCACAGAGGCCCCACAGCCAAUCAUGACGCUCCUCCGACUGCGGGUCACCAAAUGGCUGCUUUGGAUGUGGAGUUCCUGUCAUUUCAGCUUUCAGGCAUUUUGAAAUUAAAUGUAGAGAAAUGACAGAAGUUAAUCUCACUAAGAACUGGAGACGAAAUCAGAAGAUAAACGGUUUUGCAGGAUUUAAAAUUUCAAAAUUAAGUUUUUUCAUUAAGACAAUCUCGAUCAGCAACAUCUGACUUCACUAAAAUGAAUUUCCAUCUAUUUUUAAGUCUUCCUGUUAAAAAAAAGUUAAUCUGCAGGUUUGGGUUUAAUUCAUUUAAAAUACGGCACAACUUCAUCUUGUUUGAGUGGCAUUUGAAGCAUAAAGUGCUUAAAAAAAACAAGCAAACUGCCCUUUUGUUAUUGGCAUACUUAAAGCUGCGAUCUUGUUAAAAAAUGAAAAUAAAUUAUUCAGUUAUAAGAAUUGUACCAAAAUGUCACAAAAUUUGAUAAAAUUUGAUAUAGGUUUAUUUUUGCUUUAGUUUUGCUUCUGAGUGAAUUUCAAAGAUUGUGAAAAACUCAAAUUAGAGAUUGUAAGUUCUGGUCUUUUGGGGGCUUUUGUGACGUAUUUUGCUGCUAACACGAAUCUCUUAAAAGUGCCUCUGCCUCAAACGGUGUAAAAAUAUUCAAAGGUUCUGACUAAACUUAGCUGUGACAAAUUCAAAUUUUUCAUUUCUGUAAAAUAUAAAUAAAUCACUGACACAUUA